GUCUUCUGAAAAUGUUUGCAAGAACGAUAGCAAAGUACGUGAAGGAACUUUCUGCAACAAAAGCGGAGAACGAGCGACAAAGUCAACUUCAGUACGCUGUAUUCAAGCGGCCUCGUGAUGUGGUACACGAUGCAGACAUCAGUGAAAACCUUCAUUCAGAGCACCAGAAGUCUGACCCUCUUCACAUUAAAGAGGAAGUCGAUGACAAAGAGGAUUACCACAUCAAAGAAGUGUAUUCUCACAUUAAAGAGGCAGAGGAGGACAUAGAUGUUCAUCACAUCAAAGAGGAUGGGUUCCUCUGCAUUAAAAAGGAAGAGCAGGAAGAAAUCAUCAAGGUUACAUCAACUGGUGUUCCUCUAAAGAGUGAAGAUGAAGGCCAAAGUGAGGAGAACGGAGGUGGGGAGCCUUUAAGCAGCAGCUUAAAUCAAUACGUGACAGAAGGAGAUAAAGACCAUGUUGGAGGAUCACAAGCAGAUGCUCUCUUAGCUCCACUAUCAGAUAGUGAUGACAUGACGUCACACUCUCCUCAGACUGAUGAAGAGUCUGAAGGUGGAAUGACCUGCCACACUGACAACAAACGAUGGAAAUGUGCUCAGUGCGGGAAGACUUUUCCUUAUAAGAGCUGUUUGAAACGACAUAUGAGAACACACACUGGAGAGAAACCCUUUGCCUGCCCCGUUUGUGAUCAAAGAUUCUCUCUUAAGGGAAACUUAAAAAUACACACAAGAACCCACACAGGAGAGAAACCAUUUGCCUGCUCAGUUUGCGGCCAAAGAUACUCUGAGAAGGGAAGCUUAAAAACACACACAAGAAUACACACUGGUGAAAAACCCUUUGUCUGCUCAGUGUGUGAUCAACGAUUCUCUAGGAAUAGAAUCUUAAAACGUCACACAAGAACGCACACCGGAGAGAAACCCUAUACCUGCUUAGUUUGUGAUCAAAGAUUCUCUGAUAAAGGAAGCUUAAAAACGCACACAAGAACUCACACUGGAGAAAAACCUUUUCCCUGCUCAGUGUGCAGUCAAAGCUUCUCUCAGAAGGGAACUUUAAAACGUCACACACGAACACACACUGGAGAGAAACCCUUUUCUUGCUCAGUUUGUGAUCAAAGAUUCUCCGUAAAGGGAAGUUUAAAGACACACAUACGAACUCACACUGGAGAGAAACCAUUUGUCUGCUUAAUUUGCAGUCAAAGGUUCUCAGAGAAGGGAAGCUUAAAGCGUCACAAAAGAACUCACACUGGAGAGAAGCUCUUUUCUGCUCAGUUUGGGUUCAAAGAAUCUAACUUAUCAGAGACUCUUUAAGCACAAAGUGAGCAGGCUUAAUUGGGUUAUUAUGUUUUGUUAAGUACCCCUUAUCACUGAUAAGGAAGAUUCUUUUGUAAGGGGAGCUCAAAAUUUAGCAUCAUACAAGAACCCACACUGGAGCAAAAUUACAGUAUUUCUGUUCUCCGUUUGUGGUUCAAGGAUUUUGUGGAAAAGAGAGCUGAAAAAAAAACACAAGGACCCACUGUAAAGACUAUUUGUUGAAUCUGUUCAGUUUAUUAAAUGUUCUAGGGCUGUGAGAUUAAAUUACCCAAGACUACUACAGAAAAGGUUGACACAAAAAUGUCUACCUCGAGGGAAUGUAAAUUUUAAAAGCAUAUUUGCUUCACCUGCAACUAUUGGGACACUGUCCAUAUAUAUAUAUAUAUAUAAAUUUUUUUUUUUUUUUUUUUUGCAGAUGGAUGCACUGUUAGACCAGUGGAAAACCUUAGCGAAAAUGAUAGGAGUGUCUGUGAUUUUUACGACACCAUUAGAUGUGGCAUGUAACAUGAUGUACGAGUGAGAUGUAAAAUGUGUGUGUGUUGGAAGAGUAAUUGCAAGCACACUAAUGCUAAUUGUGACUGCUAACCAUUUUUCUAAUGCUAUUUUUGUUGUUUCAAGUUUUUCCCAUAUAUCCAGUACCAACAUAUGCAUUUUAAGGAUAACGGUUCACUCUUAUAAAUGAGGAUAGAAUGCAUGUUUGUAGUGGGGGAGCAUUACUUGAAUACUCAAUAAAAUAUCUAUAUCGCUAAUUGAUUCAUAAUAUAUUUGAUAAUGACAGCCCUAAAAGAUCUACUGAGAAAAUAUGCUUAAAAAUGCACACGUGGGGUUGGAAAAGUUAAUGUUACGGACAAAAUGGUCCUCAGAUGUGUAUGGGUAACAUGCAAUUCCGAUGAAAGAUAUCCUGCUUGGUUACAAGAGGUCCGGUUGAUUCAUUUUCCAAAUUCUAAAACACAGUUGAGGAAGUGUCUACGAUGGAUUAAGGCUCGCAGAAGAGCGUGCGUACAACUUGUUUGGACAACAACAAACACGAGGCUGUAUGUUCGAACGUAAGUGAGGGAGAAGUAUCUUCUCUGAAUUUGAUUUCAUUAUUAUCAGUGCUUUAUACAUUGCAGGAAAACAACUUUCACUUUGUUAGUGUAUCACUGACCUGCUGAAUGAAGUGUGUGAUGUUUUAUGCCAAUGAGUCUGGUUCGGAAUACGUAAAUGCGCGAUGUCAUGCAAGAGAAAUGUCUAUUUGCCCAUUUGUAUCACAUCGGACUUUUACGACAUAGCACUGGGUUCCAUUACGAGCCAAGUAAAAUGAAUACACCCACUCACUUAUAAAAUCUACAAUGAUAUCUAUCACUCGUGAUCUUUCCAAAUAAAAAGUACUAGCCCUGCUUUACAUGCUCAGUGCGAUUCCACAAUUUUAUCCUGGUGGAUUUCAAUAUGAAGUUUGUGAGGCGUCAAUAUUUUUUGCAUUGAUCGCCAAGGUUUUGCUGUAACUCUAACAUUGCGUCCUGCUUCGUCAAAACUCUUAAUUCCGUGUACAUAUCCUUGCGUGAAAUAGUUGACACCUCUCUGUAGAACUCUCUUG